CGAACAUCGGAUCAAGUGACAUCAGUUUUAUGGUCUCUAGAAAAAGAAUAUCGUCGUGAAGAGGAUUGGUGCCAAAAUGAAAAAGCUAUAAAUAGUGGUGAUCCUACAAGUUAUUUAGCUCAAUUAUCAUCAAAACAUGCAGAACAAAAAGAAGCAUUCUUAAAAGCUUGUAUGUUAGCUAGGCGUACAUCUGAUUUGUUUAGUAAAUAUUUACAUCGUCAACCAACCAGUACUACAGGACGUGUAGAAGUUGAAGAGAAAAUUCGAUUGGCUAUGACAGAAUUAAUGGCUAAAGAAAAAGCUGUUCUAGAAGCAUGGGCUGUUCGACGAAGACGUUUAGAUGAUUGUACUUAUUUUAUGAAUUUAAAGCGUCAAAUUGAAGAUCUUCUCGAACGUGUACAUAAUGUUCAAGAGUCCAUUAUUAAUAAAUCAACCGGCUUUUCUAAUUCAAUGUGUCUUUCAAAUAUUAAUCCUUCACUUAUGCAAGAAGUUUAUAGAGCAUGUGCAAGUUUAGAAUCUAUGAUCGCUUCUUCCUCUCCUUUGUCUCCCGGUCAUGCGACUCAAAUGGAAUCACUUUUACAACGUCUUCGUUUAUGUGAUACACAGUUGAAUACUUCUUCAACUGUAAGUGGUAAAGGAUUUAAGGAUUCCCAAAAAUCGGAUCAUCAAUCUUCUGAGUUGAAAAAGAGUAUCACUUCUCCGUCUUCCAAAGUUGAUGUACAACCUGGAUCUAAAACACUUGAAGUGGAACCUGAUAGAACAUCUGUGUCAAGUACGAGUAGUUCUGGUACUGGUGGCAGUACGGGUACAAGUAUGACAAAUGAAUCUUAUUUAGUGUCGUCUGCAGCUGCUGCUUCUGGAACGACACAAGAACAGCGUAGAUUGGCACGUCGACGUGAAAACCUUCUACGUGAAUUAAUUCAAACUGAACGUCUGUACAUACAAUCAUUAGAACAAUGUAUAGACACUUAUCGUAAAGGUUUAGUAUCUCCACCUAAAAUGUUAAUUGCUCAAGUCCCAUCUGGGCUUAUUGGUCAAGUGGAUACUGUAUUUGGUAAUAUACCUCUUAUAUAUGAAUUUCAUAAACAAACAUUUGAACCGGAACUAGCUAAAUAUACUGAAAGUGGAGAUUUCUUACCGGAAGAUGUUGGACAUUGUUUUGUUGUGCACAGUGAUCGACUAGCUGAAUUAUAUGUUGAGUAUUGUGUAAAUAAUGCUGAAUCUACUAGGUUAAUUAUUGAGCAUGGACAAAGUUAUUUUCAAUCUUUACAACUAUAUUUCAAUCUUGUUGAACCUUUACAAUCCUAUCUUAUUAAACCGGUUCAACGUGUUACUAAAUAUCAAUUGUUGUUGCGUGAAUUACGCGAUUGUUGUGAUCCAGCUGGAAUUGGUGAAAUUAGUGAAGGACUAGAAGCUAUGCUUAAUGUACCGAAACGUGCUAAUGAUGCAUUGCAUUUAAGUAUGCUCCAGAAUCUUCCAGAAGAUGUUCCUCUUUCAUCUUUAGGUGAUGUAAUUUUACAAGAUCAAUUCACUAUUUGGGAACCGAAACAAUUGAUUAAGAAAAGUCGUGAACGACGAGUGUUUCUUUUUGAUCAUUGUUUAAUAUUAGCCAAAGAAGCGACUAAUCAACCAGGUGAACAUAAAUCCAAGUAUAUUUAUAAAUCACGGCUAUUAUUAGCUGAUUGUAAUAUUACUGAACACAUUGAAGGGGAUCAAUGUAAAUUUGCUCUAUGGACUGGUCGUAUUCCACCGAUUCAUGAAUAUCGUAUGGUAUUAAAAGCUGGUACACUUGAAUUGAAACAAAAUUGGGUUCGCGCUUUACGUGAAGUGAUGCGUGAACGUGUAUUCAGUGUACAAAGUUUAUAUCAACAUCAAAAUCCAAAUGCGAAUUCAACAAAUUUAUUCGAUGAUUCUACUGAAACUUUGGAUACUUUCUAUAUCCUUGAAAAUUAUCAGGCUGAAAAGGAUAAUGAAAUUUCUGUGUCAGCACACCAAAUUGUCCAAUUAUUGCACCGAUGUGAUGAACCAAUUCUACCUUCUUCUGAAAAUAACGAUAACGAUAGUAGUAAUUGUAGUAUUGUAAAAUAUGAUCCAAACGGCACUGGAGAUUGGGCUUUCAUUCGUAUCAUUGUGCGUAAUACAACUACAUCAACUAAUUCGCCAACUAGAGAAGGUUUUAUUCCAUCACGUCUUAUUGGAGCACCUUGUAGUCGUAAAUCUUCUACAUCAGGUUCACGACAGUCAUCAAGUGUACGACGUGGAGGUACAUCUGUUCGAAAAUGGUUACCUUCCGGAGUCGGUACUGGUCGUCGUAGUACGGGUGCCUCAGCUAACAAUACUGGUGUAACUCCUGGUAAACGUGGAUCGAAAGUGGAUAUUAGUCAAUCUCAGGUACUUAACACACCUUAUCCCGUUCCCACAUCAACCGCUAAUGAUCAAACUAAUAAUGAACAACAGCCAAAACCACUUGAACUAGGUGGUUUACUACUGGACAAUGUAUCUGAAGAAAGUGUCGAUGUAGAGUUACCACCGCCAAUGAAUGAAAUACAACCUCCACUUCGACCAAAUGUACCUGAAUUACUAGAUACAAAAACUAUGAAGGAGGUUGAGAAUAGUGAAACUGAUUGUGCCGGCGAUAAUUUCCUGUUGGAUGAUGUUGCUAUAACUAGCAAUCAUUGUCGAUCGGAUCUGGCGCAAAUCAGUAACAACAGCUUUAAUAACAAUUCUGAAAAUGAACACGAAAAACUCAUUAAAACUGUGCAUCGUUUGGCGACUACAGUUGCUGAAGUAGCUGGUGAUGGUCAAACACAAUUAGGUGAUGUUCCACAAUUAACUGGUUUACCUGGUGGUGCAAAUUUAUCUGGUAUAGGGAAUUUACGUUUACAUGGUGGACUUAAUGUUGCUACUAAACUUGUUGCCGGUCCAUCAAAGUCCUCUAUACCAAUGAUUCAUUCCACUGCUGGUUCACCAGAUUUAUCAACUAAUAGUACUAGUAGUACUACUAGUAGUUCACAUUUUCUCGGUCAAGAUGAAGAACUUUUAUUGGAUAUACUUGAAGAGGGCGUGGAAUUACACUUUGUCACUAGGCAUCUAUUCUUAUAUGAUCAUGCUUUGAUUAUCGCCGAUGCAGCUAUGGAAUUAACCACCACCACUACGCUACCUGAAAAUAGUAGUAGCUUGAAUGGAAAUAAAUCACUGAAUGAUAAUAAUGAUCAAUAUAAACCUAAAUUACAGUGUCGAUUUCGACAUGCAUUACCUAUUAGUCAGAUAUCAGUUUUGGAGGACGUUGGAGUCGGUGGUUCACGUCCUACUGGUGAUCAGUUGUUAUGGUUUUGUCUUUCUGAACGAACACGUUAUUUAGGUUCCCCAUUUGAAUCUUCAAUUGCUGCUGCAUCACCACCUCAAUCACAUUUAUGUUAUAUUAUAGCGCCAAAGUCUCCAGAUUCUCGUAUUCGUUGGUUAAGUGAACUAACAUCGAUGAUAUUAGAAGCUAGACGUUUAUCUCAAGCAUAUCUUAUGAAUAAUGUAUCUUUUGGUUCUGGUGACCCUAAUGGAGGAUGUUCUACAACGACAACAGGUCAAAUUAAAUUACCUGGAGCAACACUUUAUCCUAGUGGUGUGUUAUUUGACACAGGUUCUCUAGAACUGCCUAAAUCAGGUCGAUAUAAAAUUGUUAAUCAAGAUUCACUCAAGAAUUCAACACGUUAUCAUCCUACUGUUUCAGUAGAUCAACUAUCUUCUGGUAUUAGCAAUUUAACAAUGAAUCAAUCAAUGCUGCCUACAUGUUCCACAUCAUCGUUACAACAACCAGGUCCAUUGUUACAAUCAACAAAUUCGCAUAUUGUAUGAUGUAAUUUUUUUUCCAAAGUCCAUAAGUCUUCCGUUUUCUUCUGUCUGUGUGCAUAUAUAUCUCCAAACCUCAUGCCCCUUUCUAUAUUCUGUAUCUCAUUUCUUUUCAUUUAUGUAUGUUUUGUUGUCUUAUUCAAAUGCCUAUGAAUUACCGUCGGUAGUGAUAAAUGAUUUAUGCCACUAAACAACUAUCUUUACAUUUCAAUUCAUAUAUUCACACGAUGCGAGAGACAGAGUUAAUCAUUAAACAUAUGACAUCCUUCUUGGUGUUAGUUUUCUUCUUUUUUUUUUCUCACGAAAAUUUUCUAUAAAACCCCUACUAUAUCACUAAGACUCGUACUACUACUAGUAGUAGUAUGAGUGAAGUAUCCCACAAAAACUAUUCCUUUCUUUUUUUUUCUUAUCAAUAAUAUGUUUUGUGUGUAUAUGUUGUUGUACCAUACAAUGACUCGACAAAUUAAAAAGGUAACAGUUCAUUUAAAAGAAAGGAUACAAUUUGUAGUCCAUCUCUACGUAUCAAUACUCAACAACUUUGUUCAUAUUUCUGUAUAUCAUCAACUGUGUUAACAAUCGUAGUCUUAUUCUUUUAAAUUCAUAUAUUUGACAAUUAUGAAUGUGUAUAUGUGUCUGUACCCCCACAGUUGUCGUCUCAACAUUAUAUGCAUUUCAAUUAGUAUCGUUAAUCAUAAUAUGAUUUUUGCAACUAUUAUAAAUACUAUUUGUGUUCUUCUUUUUAUCUCGUUGAAUUCUUUCUUCUUUUUCUUCAACAAAAAAAUUACUCUGUCAUUUACUCACAUUUUAUUUUCAUCGCUUGUUUUAUUGUCAUUGUUGUCUGACUGGCUGGACUUAGUAUAUCACCUUGUAUAUAAUAUAUUUAAUGAUGUCGGUUGACUACCUCGUUGUUUAUGUGUGUGUGUGUGUGCAUGUGUUUGGAUGUUGUUGCUUCCAGAUAACUGGAUGAUAGGAUAGGAACUGAUAUCUACAUUUAUAAGUGUAAAUUAUUUAUUCUUCAUCAUUAUUACCAAUGUUAUUAUUAUUAUUAUCAUCAUCAUCAAUUCUGUGGUUAUUUUAUUUCUUUUUAAAAAGCUUCAAUUGUUAUGUGAUCAAUUAUUAUUUACCCUAAAUUUUUCAUUUUUCCUAGUUACCAUGUUAUAAUGUGUUGUUUUUUUGUUCUUGUUACUAGUUAGUAAUAAUUCAUUCUUCUCAAAUUAUAUAUUAUUGUGGAAUAAUACCCCAAUUAUUAUAUAGGAGGAGGAGGAGAAAGAAAGGUAGUUAAUAUUAACGUUUGGAAAAUUGAUAGUGAUAAUAAUACUGACAGUUAUUGAUAAACUGUGAUUUUCCAUCCGUUAAUAAUAAACAGAUUGUGAGUAUUAACUUACUAGGUAGGUUUCAUUUCAUUAUGUAUGUAUAUAUAUAUAUAAUAUACAGUCGAAAAUGUAAACACUAAAUUAUUCCAUCACAAUAUUUCACUAUUCAUUUUUAUACUACUGAUAUAGCUGAUAUAGUAGUGACUUUUAACAAUACAAAGAGAACGUUUGUUUGAGUUCUGUUUACUAAUUUCUUUGUAAAAUUAACCAGUUUACCUAUUAUCCUUGAAUGAAUUUUUUAAUUUCUAUUCUUCUUUUCUCUAUUGUUACUAGUAUAUGUGUGCUGGCUAGUUUAAAUGAUGGACGGUAUCACCAAAUAAGACAUGAUUUAUGCAUUUCAAUUUAACGGUUUCUACUUUUUUGUUUGUUCAGUUUUGAUUAUUUCCUCCUCUUCUCCUUAUUAUUUUGCUUACUACUCGUCUUGUUUAGUUAAUAGUACAUAUAUAUAUAUAUAUUCUCAACAUAUUUAUUAGGUACCUGUUUCUUUCGCUGCGUUCCCCUUACAUUGAAUUUAAAACUUUGUAGUAUUAACCCAUAUUAUUUGUUUAUUGAUUUUGUUGUUCUUUUUGUUUGUUUGUUUGUUUCAUAUUUUGUUCUGUUUUUUUUUCCAGUUUAUUGUAAAACGUUACAUCAUUUUUCAUGAUAAUAAAAUUUUUAUUUUAAUGAAUUUUUUCUCUCUUUUGUUUCUAAUUGUAUUCAUCAUUCAAAAAAGAAAAAUAGUCUCAUCGCUUUUGUUUUAUGCCAUGAAUUCAUAUCCUUUCAGGGAUUGAGGUAUUAGUGUAUUUUAAUGAAUAUCAUUUCACUUGUAAACUAUUAAAUUGUAACAUUAUAUUAAACAUUUUAUUUGUUCUUAGAUCCAUAAAUAUAAAUACAUUUGUUAUUAAAAAAAAUUAUGUUAGACAAUCAAUUAUUUUGAUUAUUGUUUAUUAUUCUGUGUCAAUACGACUUCUAGAAACCAAUCGUGCUUAGAUUAUGCUCUGAUCGGACUUAUUGUAUUGUGUCGAUUGUCAAUGCGUUGGUACGGCCAAGAUUGGAGAGAGACAACUCUCCCUCUCGAGAUGCUCUCGUAUGGAAGCGUGUCUGUAUUUACUGACUUCUCGCAGUGGGGGUGUUGUGGAGAGGACGAAAAGCCAAUGUCCAGCGCUUUGACCGGGUUUGUGGAUAUGGAGGAUCUACUUAGGGUUGUUCAUGGGCUCCAGUAUCCCAAGGGAACAAAUGGUGUAUGAACCAAUCUCCUAACGUUGCUCCACUACCUUGUGCAUUAGAUUUUUAUCAGAAGGGAUUUGUGGAGAUUUUAUAAAUUUCACAGGUUGGAAUCAUGAGUCAAUUGAAGCUAGACCACCAUGGAAACGGCCAUCCAGUGCUUCCAGGUUUUCCAUGGUGGUGGUAUCGGGUAAAUGGAUGUUGAGUAUCUUGCGUAGAAAACUAAUUAUAAAUACUUGUACUUUCUUAAUGAUGGUUGUUGUAGUUCUCCAAGUUUCAGCUCCGUACAGUAGAAUUGAUUGUGUUGACGUUCUUAUUAAAGAUUGUAAGUUUGAAAUUGGUUGACAGUUGUUUUGAGUUCCAUAUAUUGUUCAAUUGUAGGAAUGCUGUAAUUGCUUUGCCAAUCUUCGCCUUUACUUCUGCAUCUGAUACCCCUUGUUCAUCGAUGAUGCUUCCUAGGUACGUGAAGGAGUUUCAUCACCAAGAGUGAUUGGAUUGCUGUUCUCCGUUCUGAAUUUGAGGACCUUGGUUUUCCCCUUAUGUAUGUUGAGGCCUACUGAUGCAGAGACUGCUGCUACACUGGCUGUCUUUAUCUGAAUUUGUUCAUGUGUAUGGGAUAGGAGGGCUAGGUCAUCUGCGAAGUUCAAAUUGUCUAAUUGGUUCUGAGCUUUCUAUUGUAUUCAUUGUUUUCCCUCAGAUGUCGAGGUCUUCAUAAUCCAGUCGACCACCAGAAGGAAGAGGGUAGACAGCCUUGCCUGUCUCCGGUCCUUACUUGGAGUGCAUCUGUCAGCUGUCCUCCAUGCACGACUUUACACUGUAGUCCAUCGUAUGGAUUCUAGAUAAUGGUGACAAUCUUCUCAGGGACUCUACAGUGUCGAAGAAGUUUUCAUAACAUUCUCCUAUCUACACUGUCAAACACCUUUUCAUAAUCAUUGAAGUUGAUGUGAUGUAUAGUGACAAGUUCCACUCAACUGAUUGUUCGACGAUGAUCCGUAGUGUCGCAAUUUGGUCUGUGCACGACCGAUCCUUAUGGAAUCCAGCUUUUUGAUCUCGAAUUUGGGCGUCUACUGCAUCUUUCAUCCGGUUCAGAAACAAUUUGUUAAAGACUUUCCCUGGUACUGAUAGUAGUGUGACACCUCUGUAGUUUUCACAUUUGCUCAGAUCUCCUUUCUUUGGAAUCCUGAUGAGAUGUCUUUCUUUCCAGUCCAUCGGCACUUGUUAUUCCUGCCAAAUCAUUUCGAAUAGAAGGUGAAGCAUGUUUGUAGUCACUUCUAUGUCUGACUUCAGUGCUUCAGCUGGUAUGCUGUCAGUUCCUGCUGCUUUCCCACUCUUGAUUUGUCUAAUGGUCAUUCUGAUUUCUCCCGUCGUUGGUGGAUUGACAUCUAUGGGAAGAUAUGUGUGUACUGCUUCUAUGUCCGGUGAUUCAUUGGAGCCGGCCUAUUCAGGAGUUCCUCGAAGUAUUCUACCCAUCUGUUUCGCUGUUGUUGAAUUUCAGUGAUUGGCUUGCCUUCUUUGUCUUUGACCGGCCUCUCUGGUUUACUGUAUUUCUCUGCUAAUUUCUUCGUUGUAUCGUAAAGUUGUUUCAUAUUUCCUUCUCUUGCAGCUUUUCCCGCCGUCGUUGCUAGUUCUUCCACGUAUUUCUUCU